CACCUAUCUAAACAGGUGCUGCGAGAGAUAGCUCAACACGAGGACACCAGCACCAUCAGAAAAAAAAAUGGAGGACCUUAGAGAGAACAUGGAGACAGUCUCAAGUCUCUCCCGAGACCGACUGGAGAUACUUAAGCAGGCGUUGGCGCUUGCUGAGCAUUUCUUGGAGUGUAACACGGAACUGAGCACCUGGCUCGACGAGAUGGAACGUCACGUGAGCAUGUUGGCCAUGCCUGCGCUGCGGCCAGAUCUCAUAGCCCAGCAACAGGACAAGAACGAGCUGCUGGUGCAGUCCAUCACAGAACACAAGCCACUGGUGGACAAGCCUGGUCAAUCUCCGCCCUGA